GUGACAUUUGGCAGCGAAGCAGUUAAACGAUGAGGGUGGCAGCCUCUUAGUUUCUCAGGUGACAAGGGUAGCACGCUCAACAGAAACCGAUCCUCCAGGAGUGUGUGAGGAAGACGCUGCAAAGGAGGGAAAACCUGAGGACAGAAGGUUAGCUGGACUCAAACCAUGGUGAGAUGAGGACCGAAUGGAAGAGACAUCAGAAACAAGGACAAGAAGGAAGUGUAGGCACGACCACCUGACAGAACACUGGAAGAAGCAUCAUUUGAUGUGAGAACGAUGGAAGCGGUGAAUGACUUCCAGGGUCAGAGCUUCGACAAGCUGAGGCGCUCCUGCCUGCGUCGAGGAGCGCUCUUCAAAGACUCUCUGUUCCCUGCCACCAACCAGUCCCUCUUCUACAAGAGGGCGCCCCCACCUGGACUGACCUGGAGGAGGCCGAGGGAAAUAUGCAGGGACCCUCGAUUGUUUGUGGAUGGUAUCAGCACUCGUGACUUGCACCAAGGCAGUCUGGGUAACUGCUGGAUGGUGGCAGCCAUUUCGUGCCUGGCAUCUGAACCUUCACUGUGGAAAAAGGUCAUUCCUGACCACAUGGAUCAGGAAUGGAACCCAAAACGCCCGGACCUGUAUGCAGGGAUCUUCCAUUUCAGGUUCUGGCGCUUCGGACAUUGGGUUGAUGUUGUGGUGGAUGACCGUUUGCCGGUCAGUCAGGCUGGAGUCCUGCUCUUCUGCCGCUCAGCAACACCAAGAGAGUUUUGGAGUGCCCUGUUGGAGAAGGCCUACGCCAAACUAAAUGGCUGCUAUGAGGCUUUAGAGGGAGGAAACACUGCAGAGGCCCUUAUCGACUUCACUGGAGGGGUAUCGGAGCCUCUCAGCCUUGACUGUGAGGCCCUCAGGCUGCACAGCGAGCGGAGGAAGUCACUCUUCCAGACAUUAGCUAAGGUCCAUGAGCACAAAUCCCUCAUCACCUGCUCCAUCCGGCCAGCUGAGGGGGAGAUGGUGGAGUCGGUGUUGGACUGUGGGCUCGUACGGGGGCACGCCUACGGCAUCACAGCGGUGAGGAAGGUGAGGCUGGGGGAGAAUCUGCUGAGGACAGGCGGGACGUCCCGACUCUUUAUGGUGCGCAUGAGGAACCCGUGGGGGACCACGGACUGGAAAGGGGCCUGGAGUCAGGGGUCGGAGCAGUGGCAGCAGCUGAGCCGUGCAGAGAGGGAGAAGAUGGGGAUUGUGGUUCGUGAUGUUGGGGAGUUCUGGAUGGAUUUCCAGGACUUCUGCUGCUACUUCACAGAUGUGGUGGUGUGCCGGCUGGUGCAAAGGACUCUGCUGUGGCUGAACUCCCACUGGAGAGAGACGCAGAGCUAUGGGGAGUGGACUCCAGCUCCUACUUCAGCUGCUCCCACCAUAGCACCUCUUUCUACAGGGGAAUGCAGCAGCAGUGCUUUGACACUUAGUAACAUCGGGCCUGAAGGAGCCAAACCGAGAAGGAACAAGGUUAGGGAGAGCAAUCAGGAAGGAAAGAAAGGGGGAGAGGUUGUUGAGGAGAUAGACAGGAGGAGUCGAUGUGGGGGAUGUAUCAACCACAGGGACACCUUUCUGUACAAUCCACAGUUCAUGUUUGAGGUGCAGAGCAAAGAGGAGGAGGUGCUGAUCUGCCUGCAGCAGGAGGACAGGAGAAUCUUGAAGAGAAAUGGAGGAGGAGAAAACCUGCCAAUAGGCUUUGAGGUGCUGAAGGUGGAGGUGAAUCGCUGCAGCCGAGUGCAGUGCGUGGUGGAGCAGGCGGCCAGCUCCAUUUACAUGGACUCUCGCAGCGUGACUCUGAGAGGAACUUUGGCUCAGGGUCGAUAUGUGGUGCUGCCCACCACCUUCCUGCCGGGCGACGCCGGGCGCUUCCUGCUGAGGCUUUUCUCGCACUCUCACGUCCAUCUCAGGGAACUAAAGAACGACCUGCCAUCUCCAUCUUUGUUCCAUUGUUUUCUACCUCAGCCUGCAGUAGUGACCACAGUUCACCUCUGCAGGGCAUCAGGACUCAGAGCUCCCAAACAGACAGCUCCAGAUGUUUACGCUCUGGUACGAUGUGAGGGUCACGUUGUCAGGACACGAUUGUUCAAGGAGAAUGGAAACCCCAAAUUCAACCUCCGAACCAUCUUCUACAGAAGAUACCCUGAUGCUAACAUCUCGGUGGAGCUAUGGAGCAGAGGUCUGCUGUGGGACUCUCUCCUCGGAGCAGCUCGACUCCAGACGACAGAAUCCGAGAAGAGUCGGAAUCUCGUGAUUGAUCUGCGAGGAGGGCGAUUGCACUCAGGAUCCGGAGGCUGCAUCUACGUGGAGACGUCCACCAGCCUCUGCCUCACAGACUUGUGACAACAUCUGCCUGGUUACCAUGGUAACACCAAGAUUGGAUGCACAAACUGUUUAUUUGGCAAUAAUCAUUAACAGUUUUACCUAUAAACUGUGGUGAAAUAAGCAAAAAAAUGUUUUCAUUUUUAUACAAUAAAUAAUAAGACACCA